CUGGAAAUUAUUGCAACAUCCCGAGAAACCCGCCAAUGUCGACAUAUUGGGCUACAAAAAGAGCCAGCUGGUCGCGUUGGGCUACAAUCUCCCACUGUUCCCUCACAAUGGUAGUGGAGGCCAGCAUUACCCGCCAGUUCUUAUUUUCCUUGUUUCUCUUCACCACGCCCUGCUACGCUCACACCCAGCGAGGCACAAGACCUUCGUGAGGGGAGCGACGCCCCCUGAAAGCUCUGAGGUCCCUGGAAGCCCUAAAAUGCCGAAAAACAAGAAAAACAAACCCGCUGCUGCUGUCGCCAUGACACCAGCCAGCACUCAAGAGGACGAUGAGACGAGUGUGGCAAGUGACCAGACUGAAUCAACAGUACAGCUGAGUGAUGACGAGGGGGUGUCAGAGGAGGAGGCGUAUGAACAGAAAGUCCGCGAAGCAAUGGAUUUAGCACCUUGAAAAUCAGUCCACACUCGGAUUAAUGCCCUGACUGCGCUUACUACAGCCCUGCAGAAGAGGGUGUUGACGGGGUUCCUGGGAGAGCACCAUGGGACCCUGCUUGACCUUGUGGAGAGGUCAUUGAAGAAAGGUCGUGGGGCGGAGCAGGUCGCCGCUGCCCGCCUUGCCUCUCUCUUGGUGCUUAGUCUGUCGUCCAUGCCGGAGGUGGAGGAGGUGUACCAGGCGCUGUGUCCCAUUCUGCGCGUUGCUGUGACUGACCCCGCUGGCCCUAGGGAUGGGAGGACAGAGUGCGCCAACACCCUUGCCCUCACCACCUUCCUGGCCUGCAGUGACCUUACGCAAGUCACCGCCAUGAUGAAUACUUUGCAUUCUGUCUUUGCCGCUUCCCUGCCAAAGGGUAAUGGGGAGCUGCCGUCGCCCCCCGCCCUGACGGCCCUGCACACCGCGGCCCUGAACGGCUUCUGUCUCCUCCUCUGCCUCAUGUCUCCCUCCUCUGUCCACGCCAUGGCCGCCAAGCUGGUUAAGGAGAUGUUUGAGCUGCUGGGGAGUGUUGACCUCGAAUUGCGGAUACAGGCAGGGGAAGCUGUGGCCUUGCUGUACGAGGCGACCCGCGCACACGACCCGCGCUUCAGGUGGACACGGGAGAAGGAAUUGUGCUCAAUGCUGAACGAGCUGGCAACGGACUCCCACAAAUUCCGCGCCAAGAAGGACCGUAAACAGCAGCGCGCCUCCUUCAGGGACGUGGUGCGGACUGUGGAGGGCAGGGAGGAGGAGGUCAUAGAGGAAACUGUAACCAUCGGGCCGCAGCUGCAACGUCAAGAGCUUCUGCUAAACACCUGGUCCCUCCGUCUACAGUAUCAAGCCCUCUGCCGCAUCCUCACCCAGGGACUGAGCACCCACUUCACCUUCAAUGCUGGGGUCCGUGAUGUGUUCAGCCUGGGCCCUCCCCCCAUACAGCUUGACCCCAACAUGGCGUCUAUUGCAAGGCGAGGACAGAAGAAGAUGAGCCGCGAGUCUCCAGCGUCAAAGGCAAGACAAAUGGCAAGGAACAAGAGCCGAGACAACAGGGCAGCUGCAAAAACUUACGACGACUGAUAGUGAUGGUUGUCGUGGUUGCUGGUACUUUUAAUCGCCUGACCUGACCUCUGCUGACCUCACCUGACCUUGCCUGAUCCUUGUUUUCUCUCUUUCGCUCUCUCUAUAUCUUGUAAUGACCUUAUCUGACCUUCUCUCUGUCUCUAAUCCUUAAAUCAAAUCUGACCUAAUUUUGUAACCCCACCUGACCUCGGAUUGGUUGACCUUAUUUAAUCUUGUUUUCUCCUCCUCUCUCCUCCUUACCUAAAAUACUACUACUACUACUACUAUUACUACUACUACUACUACUACUACUACUACUACUACUACUACUACUACUACUACCUUGUAUAUAUAGAGAAGGUUGAGGAAGGCUGUUGUAACUCUAUAAAUAACUAUUGUAAUUUUAAGGUUAAUUGUGGUGGUACUAAUUAUUAUUAUUAUUAUUAUUUAUUAUUUAUUUUUUAUUUUAUUUUUUAUUUUAUUUUUUUUUCAUAUAUAUCUUGGGUGGUUUCUCUCUCUCUCUCUCUCCUCCCCCUGAUACUACUACUACUACUACUACUACUACCUCCUCCUCUUCCUCUUCCUCCUCCUCCUCCUCCUCCUCCUCCUCCUUAGUAGUGUGGGUGGCUGGCUGGUUGGUUCGUCCGUCUGUCUGUGUGUCAUUAAAUAGGUUGUUUAUUUGUUUAUUUGUUUAUGGUAUAAUUUAAAACAGAGAUUCAUUGAACGUUUGACAAAUUUGAA